AUGCUUUCAAUAGAAAAAGAAAAUUCAAGAGUUGCUACAACUAAACCAUUAGAUGAACUUUUUACUAAUGUCGGUCAAAAGUUUGAGACAGAGACCGUAAAGCAUGAAGGCUAUCGUUUUGACUACCCACUAAGAUGGUUAAGAGACCCAUCCGUCACAAAAGCUGUUGGCUUUCGUAGAAUGAAGUUCAUUUCAGAAGCCAUACAUGGUUUCCCAUUUACGGUCG